CACACAGAUACUUUUCGUUUCUCCAAGGUCCUGCUCCUCUCUCUUUUUCAAGCUAUCUGGUCUUCUCUCCAACAUAGCCAUAAAUUAAAAUUACAGGCACAACGGAAUAAGCCACAUAUUAUUUUUCUUUCUCCUUCUUUCUUUCCUUCCCCCUCUUCUCUCUAUAAAUUAGCUAAUCCAUUCCACUGUCGAUCUCUCUAUCUAGUUCCAUAUCCCAUCUAUCAGGAUUUGAGUUUGAUUUUUUCUUGAUUUGAGAGUCCGCCAUACAAGUUUGACACCCAGCUCCAUCUGCAAACUUAUUCAGACAGUAAGAUCUUCCUAUCUCGUUUUUAAAUCUUUCCAGACUUUGAAGUUCUGUGAACUCCUUCCCAUUUCUAAUUGAUAAUAAUAUCAUCCCUCUCUUCUUUCUGCAAGUCUCUCUCUCUCUCUCUCUCUCUCUCUCUCUCUCUCUCUUCUUGUCUGUCCGCUUAAAAUUUGGUAGUACUGUCUAAUUCCACCUGUUGUUAAAUCCCUCCUAUUGGAAACACUCGCCAGUCCACCUUUGUUCGCUCGCGCUUUCUUUCUCUCUCUCUCCUAAAAAAGAUCAGUCCGUAGCUCGCAUUCAGACCAUCUACAGCCGGUGAAUCUCUUGAUCCAUAAAAUAUCAAACAUGGUUUAAACUGCAAUAUGGAGGGAGAAAACAUUGGAGGAGGAGGUCCUCGCCGGGCCAACUUCCCUCUCCAACUCCUUGAAAAAAAGGAAUCAAUCGACGACCCGAGCUGCUCCACCUCCGCCGCCGCCUACCCCACCCUCGCCAUAUCCUCCUCAGCCGCACCCAGCCCCACCCACCACCACCACCAACACCACCACCACUCCCUCUCCAUUCCAGAGGAACCAGCUAAAAAGCCCCCACCAAAGCGCAGCUCAACCAAAGACCGCCACACCAAAGUCGACGGCCGUGGCCGCCGCAUCCGCAUGCCCGCCCUCUGCGCCGCUCGCGUUUUCCAACUCACUCGCGAACUCGGCCACAAGUCCGAUGGCGAGACCAUUGAAUGGCUCCUCCAGCAAGCCGAACCCGCAGUCAUCGCCGCCACAGGAACCGGAACCAUCCCCGCCAACUUCACUUCCCUCAACAUCUCCCUUCGCAGCUCCGGCUCCACCAUCUCCGCCGGACCAUCACACCAUCUCCGCUCAGCCGCCGCAGCACACUACUUUUCCUCCGCCGCGGCAGCCUUAACAGCAUCCCCUUCCGUCCGCCUCCGCUCUGAUUGGGAUGUUGGACCUUCCUCUACCCCAUCUCUCCUCAACUUCCAGGACGCCUCUGAUGCUGAAGCCGCCGGAAACAUACGUAAGAGGAGGUGGGAUCAGGAGCUGAACCAACAGCAACAGCAACAGGCGAUGGCUGGAUACACAACGGCAUUAACACAAGGGCUGAUGCCAACGCCUAUCUGGUCGGCGGGGGGAGGGGCAUCAGCGUCCGGCGAACCGGUAUGGCCUUUUGCCCAUAUGGGGGCGGCGACCAUGUUUCGCGGAUCCAUGUCAGCUGGUCUCCACUUCAUGAACUUCCCUGCGGCUCCCAUGGCUUUGCUUCCCGGGCAGCAGCUCGGCCUCGGCUCCGGCAGUGGCACCGAGGGGCAUUUGGGGAUUUUGGCUGCGCUCAACUCGUACCGACCUGUCGGAUCGGGUCAUGAAGUAGCGGCGACCACCCAUCAUCAUCAUUAUCAUCAGCAGCAGCAUCACAGUGGUGGCGGAGGGAGCGAGAGGAACGAUACGAUGAGCACAAGCGACUCCUAGCUAGGUUUGGCGUAUCUCAUAAUUAAUUCCGUGUGAUUUUCCAGCUUCCCUACGAUUUUAUCCUUUUUGAUCUCAUUGUUCUUUGUUGAAGCUUUGUUUCACUUUUUCUUUUUUUCUUUCCUAUUUUACUUAUCUGCGUCGUCGACGUCGUCGACUUUGGUUCUUCUAUUAAUAUUUCUUUAAUGUUUUGAUCCGAUGACGAACUUGAUUGAGAUGAUUAAUGCCGAUGGAAGCCAUUCUUAGCUCC